ACCAGGAAACGCUAAGUAUCAAAAUGUGGGCGAGGUAUUGAACUAGAUCCACCGGCAAAUUUGAUUAAUUUAAGCUAACAAUUAUAUAACAGCUAACCAAGCCUAAACAGUGCCCAGCAUUCGAUCAAUGUUAUAAGAAAGCGGAUAUCCGAACCACGGCGUGCGUGUGGAGAUGGAAGAGCGGGCUCUCAGCUGUUUGCUGCGCUCCAGGCCCACAAUGGAGCAAGACAUCAAAGCCUCGUACCUCAUGGACCAUAUGGUCAGCGAUGGUGUCCUGACCCAAGAUGAGGAGGACGGGGUGCUCAGCAAGGCCACCAGAAAGGAGCAGGCCGCUGCCCCGGACCUCCUCCUGAGAAAGGACAACAGGGCUUACGUAUCUUUCUACAACGCCCUGAUCAGGGAAGGCUAUGGGACCUGGCCAGCCUGCUUUUACACUGACCUACCACAACUCAGUCCAGAGGGAGGGAAGAGCUACUGGACUGGAAUCUCUCCGACUGUGCAGGUGAAGCUGAGCGAGGGCGGUGUUCCCCAGAGACCCACUGUGUUCGUCAACCGGCCCACUCUGCUAACCCAGGUCCGGGAGAAGCUAAGGAGGCUACAGAACGCAGUGGGCUGGGUCACAGUGUUUGGCAUGGCGGGCUCAGGGAAGUCUGUGCUGGCUGCCGAAGCAGUGAGAGACCACGCACUAAUCACAGAGUGCUUCCCUGACGGCGUGCACUGGCUGUCAGUGGGCCAAUGCGAGCGAGCCGAACUCCUGGUGAGGAUGCAGUCGCUGUGCUUUCGGCUGGAGCAGGGUCAGAGCCUGGAGGCCAGCCUCCGGCCGCCGGGCUCCGUGGAGGAGGCCAGGGAGCGUCUGCGCUUCCUCAUGCUACGCAGGUUUCCCAGGUGCCUGUUGAUUCUGGAUGAUAUAUGGGACAUCAACAGUCUCAGAGCUUUUGACAUCCAGUGUCGUGUCCUCCUCACCACCAGGCACCGGGACCUCACCGACUCCGUGAGCGGUCUGAGGUAUAGUGUGCCGGUAGAGAGUGGUCUGGAUGAGGAGAAAGCUUUGGAAAUUCUUUCUCUUUAUGUAAACGCGAAGCCUCAGAAUCUUCCGGAGCAGGCCCGCAGGAUUGUGGAGGAAUGUAAAGGCUCUCCUCUGGUGGUGUCCCUGAUCGGAGCGCUGCUCCGAGACUUCCCCGACCGCUGGGGCUACUACCUGCGGCAGCUGCAGAAGAAGCAGUUCCAGCGGAUCCGCAAGUCCUCCUCGUACGACUACGAGGCCCUGGACCAGGCCAUGGACGCCAGUCUGCAGGUCCUCGACGAUGAGCACCGCGAGCUCUACAAAGACCUGAGCGUGCUGGAGAAGGACGUCAAAGUGCCAGCCAAGGUGCUCUCUGUGCUGUGGUCACUGGAGCUGGAGGAGGUCGAGGACGUCCUGCAGGAAUUUGUGAACAAGUCGCUGCUGUUCCGCGAUUGCAACCGGCGGCCAUACCUCUACUACCUUCACGACCUGCAGCUCGACUUCCUCACCGAGCAGAACCGCGCGCAGCUACCUAAGCUGCAUGGAAAGGUGGUAUGUCAGUACCAGAGGGCAUACACAGAAGGCCCCCCCACUUCAGGGGAUGAAGAGGACUUGUACUGGUACCGAUUUCUGCCGUGUCACAUGGCCCGGGCCGGACUGUCCAAGGAGCUGUGUUCCCUGAUGUUUUCCCUGGACUGGGUGAAAAAUAAAGCUCAGCUAAUGGGAUCUGCUCACUUAAUCAAUGACUAUGUGGAAUAUAGUGCCAUUCUUGACCGAGAGAACAGCGAGGUGCGGCUGCAGUUCCAGGAGUUCCUCUCCCUGAACGGCCCCCAGCUGGAGCAGAAGCCCCUGCCUGACGUGGUGCAGUUGGCCCUGUCGCAGCCUUGCUGCUCUGAGGUCUACCGACAGGCUCUGCUGCAGGCGCAGCGGAGUGCCAGCAGGGGGCAGCUCUACCUUGACUGGGUGAACAAGAGCAGUCUGGAGAGCCUGUCACGGCUGGUGGUCCAUCCUCAGCAGAGCUCGGUCUACCACACCUGCUUCUCCAGAGACGGGAGCAAGAUCGCCUCCUGUGGGGCCAGCAGCACACUGCGGGUGUUUAAAAGUACGUCCGGCGAGAGGCUCCAGGAGAUCCAGGCUCAUGAUGAUGAGAUUCUGUGUUGUGCCUUUUCCCCUGAUGACCGUCACAUAGCAACCUGCUCUUCCGACAGGAAGAUUAAGAUCUGGAACGUGGAGAGAGGGACCCUGAUCCGCAUGUUUAAGGAGGAGUACGAGGAGCAGGUCAACCACUGCCAGUUCACCAACCACCAGCGACGGAUCCUGCUGGCCACCUGCUCCAACGACAAAAUCGUCAACACCAAGCUGUGGAACAUGAACAAGCCCACGUCUCAGAACACCCUGUUUGGCCACAUGGAACCCGUCAACCACUGCUGCUUCUCCCCUGACGACGCCUACCUCGCGACCUCGUCCAACGACGGCUCCGUGAAGCUCUUCGAGGUGGCGUCUGCGAAUGAGUGGAAAACCAUCCAGGUCGCCCAGUAUUUUCCAGAGAGCGAUGAAGAAACCAGCAUCACUGUGAAAUGCAGCACAUGGUCAGCAGAUGGCGCUCGUAUCAUAUGUGCUGCGAGGAACACGGCUUUUGUGUUCGACGUGGCAACGCUUGGUAUGCUACUGGAGAUCCGGACCAGUCGCCUGAGCACCGUGCAGUACUGUCAGGCCUGCCCGACCAGCCAGCUGCUGGCUUUAGCUCUGUCUCACUACACCGUGGAGCUGUGGGACUUCGAGGUGAACAAGAAGAUGGCCGAGUGCAGCGGACACCUGAGCUGGGUUCACUGCGUGCAGUUCUCUCCCAACGGCUCGCUUCUAUUGUCCUGCUCCGACGACCAGACCAUCAGGCUGUGGGAAACGGAGCGUGUGCAUACAUCGUCAGCCGUGGCUCUGAAGAGGGACUUUGACGUCCUCUUUCACCAGGGUAACGUCACAGUGGUGGCAGCCGACAGCAAAAACAGGCUGGAGGUCCGUUCAGGAGCGGCGAGUACGCUACUGUUUGAGUCUGAGGAGCAGAAGUCGAGGAUCCGCAGUACUUGCAUCUGCGGACAGGGGCCAACCGUGGCGCUGGGCACAGAUGAUGGCACCGUGCAGGUACUUGAGACUCCCUCUGGUAACAUUUUAGCAACUCUCCAUGGUCACACCAAAACCGUGCACCACUGCCUCUUCACCGACAACGGACAAACGCUCAUCACGUCCUCAGAAGACGCUACACUCAGGGUGUGGAAGUGGAUGACCGGGGAGUGUCGUGUUUUGGAAGGCCACCAGGAGCCAGUUCGGAAGUUUCACCUUCUUGGUGGCUCGUCUUCCUCACCCAUGCUCUUGUCCUGGUCCUUUGAUGGGACUGUGAAGGUGUGGGACCUGAGCUCUGGGGAGAAGCUCCAUGAUCUGAAGUGCCACGAGGCUGCCAUCCUCUCGGGGGACGUGACCCCUGGCGAACACCUCUUUUCCACCGGCUCAGCAGACAAUUCAGCCAAGGUGUGGAGCUGCACCUCAUGGAAGAUGGAGUUCUGCCUGAGCGGCCACAAGGCGUGCGUGCGCAGCUGCCGCUUCUCCUGGGACGACAGGCGGCUGGCAACCGGUGACGACAACGGAGAGAUCAGGCUGUGGAGCAUGCUGGACGGAGCACUGCUGAAGACCUGCGCCCAGAACACCAAGGACUGCAUGGACUCCUUCCACGGCGGCUGGGUGACAGACCUGCACUUCUCACCCGACAACAAAGUGCUAGUGUCCACUGGGGGAUACAUCAAGUGGUGGAGUGUUCAGAGAGGGGAGGCCUUGCAGACGUUCCGCACCACGGGUGCCAACCUGAAGCGGAUCCACGCCUCGCCCGACUUCAAGACGUUCGUCACCAUCGACAACAUGGGAAUCCUGUACAUUCUGAAGCAGGUGGAGGGGCGGCUCUAGAGCGGGGCGUCGAGAGGAGGGGGUCGGCUGGAGCCCGGAUCCAGGAGAAUUCCCUGCAUUGUUUUAUCGUUCCCCACUCGAUCUUAUUCUUACAUUUUUUAUUUUUUUUGCAGCCUUUCUAAGAGUUGUUUCUACAUUUGGGGAAAACAGAAUAUUCCUAAUAAUCUUUGUGAUGCAUGAUUUGGAGUACUGUUGUUUUGUUCUCUUCUGAUCUUCUACCGUGGUGAUGGUACUGAUGUCAUGAACUGAUACGACCUGCCUGUUCCAUGCUGUGUUGCCUCGAGGAAGUGAAUCAUUGCUUUUCUAGGACAAUCUGUGUCUUUGGUAUUCUAAUGUGAAACAUCUGUAUAAUGACCCCUGACAACAAAAGCCAGGCACAUUUCUGUCUUUUUUUGGAGGCAGAAGGCAGCUUCCUGCCGCCUCAUCCGCAUCCUCCAACUACACGUCCGUGGGCAGCAUUGCCUUUGGAUGUACGUGGAACAACACAGCCUAAACGUUUUAAUAAAACGGCCGAGCCAAUAAUCCACGAGCUAUAUAAACUUGGAAUUGCGGCUUCCCUGUUCUAUUUAAAGGAAAGAAGCCCCUUGUUAUCCAAACACUUUUAUAUUCUCCACCCGAUUACAGCUGAAUGAUGGCGGCAGAUGGGGUGCAGCGUAGCAGCUGAAGAGGUUCGUAGCAAGGGCCCGUCCUCGGAGUGACGAGGGGGCUCAUUGUUCAGCUCUCUGAGCGUGAGUCAUGAGUCCAGAGAGAGCUUGAAGAGGAAAUAUUACUAGGCGCUGUUUAUACCACUAAUACAGAGCAGCUGGGUCAGGGUUUUCAGCGGCUCUGUACCAAAGACAGCCGCUACAUCAGCGGACCUGGGCAAGGUGUGUGUGAAAAAUGGUAAUGAGAUUUGGACACCGGGAGUGACAUUUCUGAGCUGCUGGCACACACAGCAGCAACAGAUGAAUAACCACACUCAGGCCUUAUUACUACCUAAGAUGAUUAUUUUAUAUUAGGCAUUUUUUAAAUAUUUUUAUAUACUUUAUAUCAUAUUAAGCAUCAUUACACUGUAAUAUGACUAAUAUUAACUUCUCUAGUGUUUGUGUUACUAUUUAGUGAAAGGCCGGUCAUGGAUGUGGCAGUGUGGUGUGGGUGUCUGAAUCUAGACUUUGGUGAGGAUUGACUAUGAAAAUGUCUUCGUGUAAAAGGUUUUGUUGUUGAAAAGAAUGUCUAUAGACCCCCAUGGCACAGGGAGCAUUUAAAAUACAGACCUUGGUCUUUUGGAAUUAAACGUUUUUGUGGUGGGGGGCUUGUUUACUCAUUUGAACUCCUACUCCAGUCUUUGUGGAAAACUCUUGUCAAUAAAAAUGCUGGCUACA